CUCAUUGUCAGACACGUAUCACCUAUGACAAUGUUUAAAACAUUUAUUUUAUGUUGCUUGUUCCCCGUAAUCUUGGGAGUAUCGUUUACAGGCCAGUAUCAUGAAGCAAACGAAAUUUCUGACACCGUGAUUGAGGAUCAAGCAUUAACUCCCAAAGAGAUUGCGCAAAAAGCGGAUUACGUAGCUGAAACUUACCAAGUCGUCACAGAGGAUCGGUAUGUUUUGCAGCUGGAUAGAAUUGCCGGAUCGGUGAAAAGUCCACCGUCUGGCAAUAAACCAGCUGUACUACUUCUUCAUGGACUUCUAGACUGCUCAUCUACGUGGCUUCUGCCAGGCCCUGAAAAGAGUUUAGGCUUCAUAUUAGCAGACUGGGGUUACGACGUAUGGCUGGGCAACGUGCGCGGCAACAGGUACUCACGGAAGCACUUGGACUUCACUCCUUCGGACCAAAAGUUUUGGAUGUUCAGUUGGCAUGAAAUUGGAACGUACGAUAUCCCGGCGAUGAUCGAUCACAUUACAGAGAAAACGGAGCAAAAGAAGAUCUUUAUGAUAUCACACAGCCAGGGUAGUACGGCAUUUUUUGUUAUGGCUAGUGAAAGGCCAGAAUAUCAGGAGAAAAUAGUCGCUUCUUUU